GUCGUCACUGCAGACAGGGCCCAGCCCCUGCCCCUCCCUGGUGUCUUGGCUCCUGCAAGGCCCUGAAGGUUGAGGAGAUGAUGAGUGUUGGCCAAAGCCUGUCAGUCCAUCCUGUGAGAUGAAGAUACUGAGUCACAGAGGAGAGAAGUGACUUUUCAGGGUCCAACAGUGGGGAUGUGUGGAGCCAGUCCUUGAGCCUGGGUCUUCUGGAUUCCAGAGAUGCCCUGUAUCCAAGCCCAAUAUGGGACACCAGCACCGAGCCCAGGACCCCGUGACCACCUGGCAGGCGAUCCCCUGACCCCUGAGCUCAGCAAGCCCACCAUGGACCUAGCCAGCCCCGAGGCGGCCCGUGCUGCACCCACUGCCCUGCCCAGCUUCAGCACCUUCAUGGACGGCUACACAGGAGAGUUUGACACCUUCCUCUACCAGCUGCCAGGAACAGCCCAGCCGUGCUCCUCCGCCUCCUCCUCAGCCUCCUCCACGUCCUCCUCCUCAGCCACCUCCCCCGCCUCUGCUUCCUUCAAGUUCGAGGACUUCCAGGUGUACGGCUGCUACCCUGGCACCCUGAGCGGCCCGCUGGACGAGACCUUGUCCUCCAGUGGCUCUGACUACUACGGCAGUCCCUGCUCGGCCCCGUCCCCAUCCACACCCAGCUUCCAGCCACCCCAGCUCUCUCCCUGGGAUGGCCCGUUCAGCCACUUCUCGCCCAGCCAGACUUACGAAGGCCUGCGGGCAUGGACAGAGCAGCUGCCCAAGGCUUCUGGGCCCCCCCAGCCACCAGCCUUCUUUUCCUUCAGUCCCCCCACUGGUCCCAGCCCUGGCCUGGCCCAGAGCUCCCUGAAGCUGUUCCCCUCACAGGCUGCCCACCAGCUGGGGGAGGGAGAGAACUACUCCAUGCCCAUGGCUUUCCCAGGCCUGGCACCCACGUCCCCUCACCUGGAUGGCACAGGGAUGGUAGACGUGCCCGCGAGCUCAGCCAAGGCCCGGAGCGGGGCUCCAGGUGGAAGCGAGGGCCGCUGUGCUGUGUGUGGGGACAACGCUUCAUGCCAGCACUACGGCGUCCGCACCUGUGAGGGCUGCAAAGGUUUCUUCAAGCGCACAGUGCAGAAAAACGCCAAGUACAUCUGCCUGGCCAACAAGGACUGCCCUGUGGACAAGAGGCGGCGAAACCGCUGCCAGUUCUGCCGCUUCCAGAAGUGCCUGGCUGUGGGCAUGGUGAAGGAAGUUGUCCGGACCGACAGCCUGAAGGGGCGACGGGGCCGCCUACCUUCCAAACCCAAGCAGCCCCCCGAUGCCUCCCCUGUCAAUCUCCUUACCUCCCUGGUCCGGGCACACCUGGACUCAGGGCCCAGCAUGGCCAAACUGGACUACUCCAAGUUCCAGGAGCUGGUGCUGCCCCACUUUGGGAAGGAAGAUGCCGGGGACGUGCAGCAGUUCUACGACUUGCUCUCGGGCUCCCUGGAGGUUAUCCGCAAGUGGGCUGAGAAGAUCCCUGGCUUUGCUGAGCUGUCCCCGGGCGACCAGGACCUGCUGCUGGAGUCCGCCUUCCUGGAGCUCUUCAUCCUCCGUCUGGCCUACCGGUCCAAGCCAGGCGAGGGGAAGCUCAUCUUCUGCUCAGGCCUCGUGCUGCACAGACUACAGUGUGCCCGCGGCUUCGGUGACUGGAUUGACAGCAUCCUGGCCUUCUCACGGUCCCUGCACAGCCUGGCUGUCGACGUCCCUGCCUUUGCCUGCCUCUCUGCUCUCGUCCUCAUCACCGACCGGCAUGGGCUGCAGGAGCCACGGCGGGGGGAGGAGCUGCAGAAUCGCAUCGCCAGCUGCCUCAAAGAGCACGUGUCUACAGUGGCUGGGGAGCCCCAAACAGCCAGCUGCCUGUCACGCCUACUGGGCAAACUGCCCGAGCUGCGGACCCUGUGCACCCAGGGUCUACAGCGCAUCUUCUACCUCAAGCUGGAGGACUUGGUGCCCCCUCCGCCCAUCGUCGACAAGAUCUUUAUGGACACACUGCCCUUCUGACCCAGCCUGGGAACACAUGUGCACCAUGUAUGCACACUGUCACGCCACCCCAUGUGCCUUUUGCCCACGGGCCCCCAGAGCACCCCCAGUCUGGGCUUGAGCUACAGACGAACCCACCUCCUCACCUGCCCUAGAAGGCGGCAGGGAGCUCAGGCCUUAGGAGAAGGGAGUGCAUUCAUGGGGGUGACCCCACUAUUUGUCUUACCCCACCCCCAGCCCUGGCCAUCAUGUUUUUUGUAAGAUAAACCGUUUUUAACACACCACCAUGCUGUAAAUAAGCCGAAUGCUGCUGUAAAUACAGGAAGGAAGAGGUUGAGGUGGGAGUGGGAGUAGGAGGAAGGGGUAGGGCCUGGCAGCCCAGGCAACCCCUUUCCACGAUCCUCUUCUGGCUCUCUCCUUCCACCCUCCUUCCACAUGUACAUAGACGUCACCCUAGGAAGAAGACAAAUGACAGAUUCUGACAUUUAUAUUUGUGUAUUUUCCUGGAUUUAUAGUAUGUGACUUUUCUGAUUAAUAUAUUUAAUAUAUUGAAUAAAAAAUAGACAUGUAGCUGA